GAUAGCAGAAAUAUUUAAAAGUUUCAUUACGGGGUUUUUUGGUCCUUUUAUUAAAGGACUUAAAACUUGCAUCAAAAAGAAAACAUGGAGCUGUUUUGUCAGAGAGGUAAAGUGUUUUUAGCACUCUGCUGAAGCUCCUUAGAAAAGUUGGGCUUGUUAACUAUCUAAUCAGCAAGAGCCACUUGCAGGUGUGCCUGCUUUGUAUAAUCUGGUGCAGGUUGUGUCUGAUGUCUGAAAAAGUGCUAGCCCAUAAAAAUCUAAAUUUACUCACCCCAGCGCUAAAUUACAAGAAUCUAAGGACUUACUUUUUGCAACUCGCAAAGAAGCGAUUUCACAAUCCAGUGUAAAGAAAAAUGGGAAAGCUGGAUUUAUAGUUCGGGAAUUAAGGAUUAAAACCACAUUUUCAGAUCAUUUUUUAGUGAUGUUCACUGAAAAUACACCAAAGAAGGUAUGAGAUGCGUCCAUAUGGUCUAAGGCAGAGUAUUCGAUGUCCUAAGAAAUAUGGCGAGACGAUUAAGGAGAGAAAAUAUUUGCUGGCUCCAGCUUACGAUUUGCACCUUGUGUGGGAGCAAAAAGAAACGGACCACAAAGAACCCUUGGAUGACAGAUAUAUAAGGAAUGCCGCCGCUCUUCCAGAUCUUUUAGACCUGCCACGCAGCAACAGAGUUGUCACUACUGAAGAGGAAAACUCCAGUGACGAGCUCAAGAUCCACGGUUUCACAGUACGAGACUACCAGCAGAUUUAUCACUCGGUGGUGGAUCCCUUGCUCUUUAAGCCAUGCGGGAAGCUCGCAGCCUACAGUCUGGAGCUUGGACACACCAUCAAGGAAAAUCUGUUUAGAGAGCUGGCCUACCCCAUGCUUCAAAUGGCAGAGCAUCCAAAAGGAAAGGUGGAGGUGAUGGAGAGAUUUUGUCUACUACGUCCCACACCUUGCAUAGAUAUAGACCAUAAAUGAGACCUGUAGUAGUAGAGUUAUUCUUAUUUAUGUGUCUUUAUGUUGCUUCAUUUUGUCCAUCUGCAAUCCUUGCGUGGGAUGAUUGUAAUAAUCAUAUUUCUAAUGUUUUUGACUAAAAGCUUCAAAUGUUUUAAAUGAAGCUCCUCAUGAUAAACGUCUGAACAACAAAUAAUUACCGUGUGUGGUGUGUGCGUCUGUGUGUACAGCAGUAAACUAUUAUAUUAUUCUUCCUGCGAGCAAGUACA